CGACCAUUCAACUCUUCAUUCUUAUUCUAUCAUUACAACAUAUACCUUCUAACAGUCCUAUUAAACUCGAUUCAAUUGAUAUUAUUUAUAUCUAUUCCUCCAAGCCCAUAUUACAAAUUAAAUGCAUCGAUAGAAAACCUCAUUAUUCAUUCAACCCGAUUCAAACACUGCUUAUCAUCAUCAAUCAAGAUGGCGGACAGCAACAAGCAGCACAAGUACCGGCAGGAGAUCCAGCAGAUGAUGUACGUCUCUGGCGAGACAGGAGAACCAUCUGUCGAGACCACGGCCAUGAUCGAGGAGAUCGUGCGGCAGCAAGUGAUCGAGAUGCUGCGAAACUGCACAGAGCUCGCUGCGCGUCGCGGCUCGCGCUCAAUCACCAUCAACGAUCUAAUCUUCCAGAUCCGCGACGACGCGCCCAAGGUGUCGCGGCUGCGGACAUUUCUCUCGUGGAAGGACGUGCGCAAAAGCGCCAAGGACUCCGACGAGAAGGGCGGCGACGCGGACAUUGGCGUCGCCGACGACCCCGCAGGUGGCGUCAUGCCGGGCGGCCCCGCGGUCGAAGAGGCCGCGAAGAAGAACAAGAAGGCCAAGGUCAAGCUCCCGUGGGAACCGACCUCGUACUAUAGCCAGGAAGUGCCAGAGCGCGACGACGAGGAAGACGAGGAGGAGGAGGAGAUGAAUUACAUCACCCUGCAACGCCUGCGUAAGGCUGACGAACGCACCAAGGCAAUGACGCGCGAGGAGUACGUGACGUGGUCGGAGUACCGACAGGCGUCGUUCACGUACCGCAAGGGCAAGCGGUUCAGGGAGUGGGCCGGGUUCGGCAUCGUGACGGACAGCAAGCCGUCGGAUGACAUAGUGGACAUCCUCGGCUUCCUGACCUUCGAGAUGGUGCAGACGCUCACUGAGGAGGCACUCAAGAUUAAGGAGCAAGAGGACCUCUGGAAGGAACGCAGUGGUGGUGAGAACUCAGGUACGAAAAAGCGGAAGCUUGCGCAGGGCCUCUUCGAUCCCCCGAACGAGGGUAAGACCCCCGUCGAGUCGAGACAUAUACAGGAGGCGUUUAGACGCUUGCAGGCUCGUCCGAAGAAGUCGAGGGCUAUGCUCAACGGCACGAAUUUGCAGCAGAGGACUAAUUUGAAGUUGUUCUGAUUCUGCUGCGGGUUGGAAGAUGGUGGAAAUAUUUGGCUACUCUUUCGGCUUGAACACCUUGCAGUUUAGAGAGUGUUGGCUAUUCAUGGCUGGAAUUUACCGAUCGCAAAAGAUUGAGGAUGAGACAAGACGUUUGGGACAUACCCAGGAGUAGUGGUGUUUGGGGAGUUUUGAAUUCUAUUUGCUUAAAUUCUAUCACUACACACUUCUGGUUUUAGAAGUGAUUUUUAGAAAUUGCCUGUUGCUAGGAGUUACCAGGAGCAGCGCAUUCAGCGAUAAUGUCAUUGGUACUAGUAGACUGUUCCUUGGCAUUUUCACGAAGCCAGCGAUUACACAGCUUUUAGAUUUACGGUUGGCGAUAACUGUUAUAUCCGUAUCCCUCUAAAGCUCGAUUACUCGGACAAAGUUGCCUGGUUUGUUUGAGAUAAUCAAAUCGAAAAAUAGAU